ACCGAGCCAAGGGCAUCUCGGUAACAUCCGGAUCUCCGCAUGCUCCCACCCUUCCCGUGGCUCUUCCCCCUCAACCAUCCACGAGGCUUUCAGCGCCCACUCAGGCCCUAGUCUUGCGGAUCGCUGAAUACCUAACCGCCAUGUCUCCCGCAGGGGGGAUUUGGGCUCCUGCGGCCUUGCGGGCUUUGCACAAGCAUCUGGUGGUCAACGUCCGAGUGGCGACCAAGAUGCUGCGCUCCAAGCUCGCGGCCGCCACUCGCCCAGUCAACGCCGAACUCCAACCCGUCGCAGUCCCGGUCCGCGCCGGCAACUCUCGCCAACCCAUCCAUCCCGCAGCCUGGUUGCGCCAGCAGAAGCGCGCUGGCGGAUUCAGAUACUACUCGACCGCCAGCCUCAACUCGACCAUCCGCCGCUUCAUCAGCUCUGGCGCCUACCCCUCCGCCUCCAAACCCGGCUUCCGCUUCGACCGCUCCAAGCUCCCGACCUCGCGCGUCUCCCGCGCCGUCAACCAACUCACCGGCCGCGCUCCUUUCGCCUGGACCCUCCGCCCCAACCUCACCGGCGGUACCCUCGGCCGCACCGCAGGCGGCUACGGCAUUCCCGGAUCUGGCCGCCUCGGCGGUGCCCGCUACUUCAGCCACACCCCGGCCGCCCCAGCGCAGGUCAUCCAAAAUGUCAGCCAGGCGAUGCGCGCCUUCUGGCUCUCCGGUCAUCGCGCCCGGUUCGACGGCACGGGACCCAACGGCGAAAAACGGUAUCGGGCCGUGAGCGCGAUGCAGGACGAGGCGCGGUUGAAGAUGGAGAGUGCGAUGGCCGGACGGCGGCGCGCCCCGGGUGCGUUCGUCGAUUUCAAGAUCAGCCCGACCAUCACUGCGCUCAGCCCGCUGGGCGUUGUGAUGCCGUUCGCCAGCGCGGAGGAGCAGGUUGCCGCCGUUGGCGCGGCGACCCUCAAUGCCGAGGGCUUCCUUGACGUGCUCUCGGUCGACUUCGCGCGCGCGCUGAAGGACUUGGCGGCGGUCAUGACGGAUCUGAAGGCCUUGGCGGGGCUGGGCGAUCUGCCUGUGUUCUUGGAGAAGAACAGUGUUCUACGGGUGCGGUUCCCUGGCAUGGAUGCCGAGACGGUGGAGAGGCUCUGCGAUGACGUCGGCGUCAAGCGGGGCGUUGUCGGGCAGGAUCCGGACUUUGACGCCAGCGCUGGCGUGGAAGUUGCGCUGCGCUUCCCGUUUGCGCCCGAUGCGAGCGGUGAGGGUACCAUCACCUCACCUGGUGGAUCUCUCAGGUCCCGCGGCUCUGAGUCGUCGUCGUCAGAAGUGGAGGAAGCGUUCAUCGUGGAUGAAUUCGAAGAGAACCCUUGGCGGCUGUCCGGCUCGGAGCCUGAAGAAGGCUACGAGAGCAUGUCGCCGCCUGUCUUGAGCACCUCAGGAGAACACUGCUCCGAGGAUUUUGAGGGGCUGGAGGGCAUAUACCGGUUUCUUGAGGAGUGUGAUCGUGCCCGCGGACGCUUCCAGUGAAUCCGGAUGCUGCGGGCACGUGGAGGAAGCGUUGGCGUUGUGCGUUGUUUUGGUUCGUGCACAUGUAUUAGGAGGACAUCGAGAAGGACUACUGGUGGGGUGCAGGUGCCCCGGGGCCAUCAUUGCCCAACAUCUGGCGAUCAGCCUCUAG